ACCGACGGCCCCCCCCCCCGCGCCCAUGACGAUGCUGCUGGACGGAGGGCCGCAGUUCCCGGCGCUGGGGGUGGGGGGGUUCGCUGCCCCCCGGCACCACGAGAUGCCGGGUCGCGAUGCCGCCGCCGCCGCUGCCGGGAUGGGGCUGGGCCCUUUCGGGGACUCCUCACACGCCGCCGCCGCUUUCAAGCUGAACGCCGCCCCCCACGACCUCGCCGCCGGGCAAAGCUCGGCUUUUACGCCGCAAGCCCCGGGUUACGCCAGCGCCUUGGGGCACCACCACCAUCAUCACCAUCACCACGCCGGCCAGGUGCCUUCCUACGGCGGGGCGACCGCUUUUAACUCCACCCGCGAUUUUCUCUUUCGGAACCGGGGCUCCGGUAUCGCCGACGCCGCCUCCGGUACGGCGCAACACGGGCUUUUCGGCGGUUCUCCCGGUGCUUUGCACGGGCCCGGCGGCAUCCCGGAUACCCCGCCGGGUUAUCUCCUCUUCCCGGGGCUCCACGAGCAAAGCCCCAACCACACGUCCCCCAACGGGCAUGUGGACAACGGGCAGAUGCACCUGGGGCUACGAGGGGAUCUUUUCGGGCGACCGGAUCCUUACCGGGCCGUCUCCAGCCCCCGCACGGACCCUUACGGCGGCGCCCAGUUCCAUAAUUACAACCCCAUGAACGUGAAUAUGGGUAUGAACGUGGCUGCAGCCCACCACCAUCACCAUCAUCAUCAUCACCACCACGGCCCGGGGGCUUUCUUUCGCUACAUGAGGCAGCCCAUCAAGCAAGAGUUGUCCUGCAAGUGGCUCGAUGAGAAUCAGCUCAGCCGACCCAAAAAAAGCUGCGACAGGACUUUUAGCACCAUGCACGAACUGGUGACCCACGUCACCAUGGAACACGUCGGGGGGCCGGAGCAGAACAACCACAUCUGUUACUGGGACGAGUGUCCCCGGGAAGGGAAGUCCUUCAAAGCGAAAUACAAACUGGUCAACCACAUUCGGGUGCACACGGGGGAAAAACCCUUCCCCUGCCCCUUCCCGGGCUGCGGCAAGAUCUUUGCCCGCUCCGAAAACCUCAAGAUUCACAAGAGGACCCACACAGGUGAGAAGCCCUUCAAGUGCGAGUUCGAGGGCUGCGACCGGCGCUUCGCCAACAGCAGCGACAGGAAGAAGCACAUGCACGUCCACACCUCGGACAAACCCUACAUCUGCAAGGUGUGCGACAAAUCCUACACCCACCCCAGCUCACUUAGGAAACACAUGAAGGUGCACGAAUCCCAGGGGUCGGACUCUUCCCCUGCGGCCAGUUCGGGCUACGAGUCCUCCACCCCCCCAGCAGUGGGUUCCUCCGGCACUAAGGACUCCACGAAAACGCCGCCGGCCGCCCUUCAAAGUAACCCCGGCCACAACCCUGGACUGCCCCCCAAUUUUAAUGAGUGGUAUGUGUGAAGGCAGCCUGCUGCCCCGGCCAGAGACUGGACCAAAUGCGUUGGGAACAAGGAAAAAAAACAAAUCAAAAAAAAAAAGGACAAACUAAGCCAACUGCAGCUUGCUCCCACAGAAAUGGAGUUUCCACACCGACCACCGCGUAGGGCUACACCUAGUUAACUGCCAGGAUCCGGAGGGGGGGGGGUUUGUCUUUUAUUAUUAUAUUAUAAUUAUUACUAUUUUUUGCAAGCCCAGACGCUGGACUAGCCAUGUCCUUUUCUCAGGAUUGGAUUUCUUCUUUCUUUUCUUUUUUUUUUGUUGUUGUCAUUUUUUUGCAGUCGCAGUCGUUUCUUUGAUAUUUUUUUUUUUUUCCUUCCCUGCCCCAGUCCCUCUUCCUCCGAUUCCCCACUGUUUUGUUUUUUUUGUUGUUUUGUUUUGUUUUUAAUUAUUCUGAAUUUGUUUUGCUUUUCCUUCUUCGGUGGGAUGUUGACAUGAGGAUGAAAAUUCUCCUUCGCCUUAGUGGUGAUUGUUUAAACUUACAGUCUUAAACCGUGCCAAAGUCCUGUUAUGUCUUGAACUUUCCUCUCUAGCUCUCCUGCUGCUUCUUUCUCUGCUCUCCUCCUCUUCCUCCUUCUCUCUCUCUCUCUCCAAGCAUUACACUUGUGAAUGUAUUCUCGUCUGAUGGGGUCGGUCAGUAUUUUUCAGGAUGAGGAUGUGGUGUUUAUUCUACCCAGAUUGUGACGUUUAGUAUAACAGUUGCCUUUUUGUAAUAACUUUUUUUUUCUUUUUUUUUUUUUUGUAAAUACAUAUCCAUGAUGCCAUAUUUAUCGUUCGUAAUUUAAUUAUUGAUACAAAGUGCCGGGAACUGAACAAUAUUUAUGGGGGAGAAAAAAAAAAAAAAUUGUUUUCUAACAAAAAAAAAAAAUACAAACAACAAAAAAAAAAUUAAUUUCCAACUCUGUACAGCUUUUGGUUAUAACUGCUUUAGCAUUAAAAGUUUAUUGUUUUGGAAAGAGCCGUUUUUGACCUCCUCCGGGGGACGGGGCGGCCGUGGGGGGGCCCGGGCCGUUGUUUUCGGGUUGUUUUCGGGCUGGCGAUGCCGGGUGAAGCCUCUUUUCUUGGUUUUGUUUUUUUUUUUUGUCCCCUCCCGUCCUUUUCUUUGUCCCCGCCCAACGGCUUGGCUUCCCCGCCGCCUUCCCCCGCCGGGGGAGAGGAGCCCCGGGGCCGCCGGGACCGGGAUGUGGCGGGGAAUUUGGUGGGGGGGGGGUGUCCCCGACGGUAAGUACCGGGGCCGUCGUAGCUCCCACCGCCCCGGGAUAAUAAUUCCCGGCAGAGCCCCCGGGGCAACUUGAUGCUACAGACUUUCUCCGUUAUCAUCUGUUUUUUGGUGGUUUUGUUUGUUUGUUGUUUGGGGUUUUUUUUCCCUUUUUUUUUUCUUUCUUUAUUUCUGACCAGGAUGCGGAAAAGCCUCCCUGUCCCCAGAAGAGAUAAAGUCGUGGAGCAGAAAAUCAUCCCACUCCAGAAACUUCUCCGGAGCAUCAAAGCAGCCAGGGUGAUGGUGGAAACCCGUGUCCCCCCCCCCAAUCUCCCCCAUCCCCAAGCCGAGAGAUGCCCGUGGUCCCUGCCGGGAUGCGGCUCCG